GACGAAGAGGCGAGGGGGCGUGUUCCUUUGACGGUGGUCACGUGAUCAGGGUCAUGUGACUCCAGUUCACAGGUCCAGCAGCUUGUUCUUGAGGCUGCAGACUAUUUCUGUCACCGCGGGGGACACAAUGGACAAACUGUUGACCGUGGUUAUCCCCUUGAUAGUCAGCCCUUUGGUGUGGAGUGGAUACCUUGAAUAUAACCAAGACGUCCUGAUACCCGACGACUGGACUUGUGUUGGUCGACUUAAGCCAUCGGAGGCAGUGGAGCUGACUUUGGCCCUCAAGCAGCAGCAUGUUGAAGUGCUGGAGGAAACACUCAAACUCGUGUCUGACCCUGACUCGCCUCAGUAUGGUAAAUACCUCCAACUAGAGGAGGUGGCCUCCCUUGUGCGCCCAUCUGAUGUCUCCCAGAAGGUAGUGCAUCACUGGCUGCAGAGUCAUGGCAUCACACGCUGUUUGACUGUUCACACUGAGGACUUCUUGCAGUGCACUAUGACUGCAGAGGUUGCAGAGAAACUACUCCCAGGCAGCAGGUUCCAGCGCUACGUGAGAGACAAUCACUUCAUUGUCAGGUCCUCUGCCCCGUAUUCAGUUCAUGAUGAUGUCGGUCAACACCUUGACUUUGUGGGAGGGCUUCAUCGCUUUCCUCCGAAAGAACACAAGCUCAGCGAGGUCACAACCAGCGGGAAAAAACUGCAGUCAGACACCAAGUUUCACCUGGGAGUAACUCCUGCUGUCUUACGGGCCCGUUACAAUAUGAGUGCAACUGAUGUGGGAGCAGCAAACAACAACAGCCAGGCGGUUGCUCAGUUCUUGGAGCAGUACUACAGCCCUGGAGACCUGGCGGAGUUCAUGAGCAUUUAUGGAAGAAGCUUCCAGCACCUGUCCAAAGUGGACCGUGUCGUGGGUACACAGGGUGCAGGAAAGGCUGGUAUAGAGGCCAGUCUGGAUGUAGAGUACAUCAUGAGCACGGGUGCCAACAUCUCCACAUGGGUCUUCACUAAUCCGGGUCGUCAUGAGUCCCAGGAGCCGUUCCUUCAGUGGAUGGUUCUGAUCAGCAACAUGUCUGACCUACCUUGGGUCCACACCAUCAGUUAUGGAGACGAAGAGGACAGUCUCUCCACCGCCUACAUGCAGCGUAUCAACACAGAGUUCAUGAAAGCCGGCGUCAGGGGAAUCUCCUUACUUUUUGCAUCUGGUGACAGUGGUGCUGGCUGCCGGCACAUGGCUAAAGAGCAGAACUCCUUCCGACCCAGUUUUCCUGCCUCAAGCCCCUAUGUGACCACAGUUGGAGGAACCUCGUUUAAGAAUCCAUUUAAACUAACUUAUGAAGUCACUGACUACAUCAGCGGAGGAGGAUUUAGUAAUGUGUUCAAGAUGCCUGAUUACCAGGCCAGUGCUGUGGCAGGAUACCUGAAGAGUGUAGAGGCAACACUUCCUCCCAAGUCAUACUUCAACGUCAGCGGGAGGGCAUAUCCAGACAUGGCCGCCCUGUCUGAUAAUUAUUGGGUGGUCAUCAACAGAAUACCCAUGCCAUGGGUGUCAGGGACCUCGGCUUCAACCCCAGUAGUGGGUGGCAUGUUUUCUCUCAUCAACGACAAGCGGUUGCUGAAGGGCCUUCCCGUCUUAGGCUUCCUCAACCCUCGUCUCUACAAGCUCAAGGGACAACCUCUGUUUGACGUGACCGAAGGUUGUCACCUGAGCUGCUUGGACGAGCAAGUUCAGGGUCAAGGUUUCUGUGCUGCACCGUCGUGGGACCCGGUCACAGGCUGGGGAACACCAAACUACCCUUCCCUGCUGGCCGCACUCCUGCUAUGAGUAAAAAAAAAAAAAAAUCCAAAUAAUCAAGACAGCUGCUAUUCUGGAGAGCAGGUACGAAACACCUUCACUGUUGUAGCAGGGUGUGAACAUCCACAUUUUAUUUUGGUUUUUCUCAGGUCUGAGGAUGUUUUUGUCUUCCCUUGAUUGUUUUAUUUGAGAAGAGUGGAGGUAAUACCUUUUAUACAGAUUUUUAAAGCUUCACUGCACUUUUUCUGCUUCACGAUCACUUUCAGCUGACCCAAUUAUUGCCAAGAGGUUUUUCAACCAGAUGUGCAAACUAAUCUGUCUGCUAUUGAACACAAGACAUGAUGUGUACUUACAGUCUACACUGGACACAAUAGACAUACUUUUUUUGUAUACUAAAUGGGCUUUUUACUAACAAUUGCAUGUCAUUUAAAUAGAAAACAGAGUUAAAACAGGCUGUUUUUUUUUUUGCAUCCAUACGCCAAAUGCAGUGGAAAUUAGUUUUUGAUCUGUCAAAGCAGCAAUUCCUACACAUGUAAUGUAAUACAAGAUUUAUUUUUAAAUGUUACAAUUGUUCUCCAUGAGUCAAGUGUGUUAGAUGGCAUCGUCUUAGAAAAGCGGUGCAGAAACUUUUUGCGUCCAAGGGACAAAGUAAUUUUAAGCAUACCGCCAUUUAUAAAAUGUAGAUUGCCACAACGGCUUGAUUGCUAGCAAUAUCAAAUGUUUUGCAGUGCUAAUGAAACAGCAGAUGUGAAAUCACAACACAAAGCUGCUGUGCAGUAUUGUCUGUUGAUUGCUGGAACUAAUAAAAAGUUUUCAUUA